AUGGCGAAUCCAGAGACUUGUCCGCCAGAAGGGACCCUUGUUGAGAUGGAAGUCAUACACUGGUUACGUGAGGCACUUGACUAUCCUGUACUUGGAACCUACACCAAAGUCAUGGAUAUCGGCGGAGUCUUUACGCCUGGGGGAUGUCUCUCAAAUACUGUUGCGCUUUUGGCUGCGAGAGAGAAGUGUUUUCACGGAUCACGCUUGAGAGGCAUUCCAGUGCUGCUGAGCAAGGUACGUGUGUUGGUACCAGAUAUGGCAUGGAAUCACUCAAUACGCUCAGCCAUGGCCAUGAUAUCACUUGGCGAGGAGAAUAUCAUACCCGUUCCCGUUGAUGCUGAGUUUCAUAUGGAUCAAGAAGCCUUAAGGUACAUCAUCGACCAAGAAGGGGGUCCAGGAAAUAUCAUCAUGGCCUGUGUUGCAUAUGCAGGUGAUCCAACGUGUUUGAAGAUUAACGAUUUACAUGGUCUAGCGCAGAUCCUUCAAGACAAAGAUAUUUGGUUUCACGUUGAUGCCUGUCACGGCAGCCAACUUGCCUUCUCAAAACAUCAUCACUAUAAGCUGCGAGGCAUCGAAAAGGCAGACUCAACUACGAUUGACCCGCAGCAAACAAUGCUAGUUCCCUAUGACUGCUCUUUGGUCCUGUUUCGAGAGCCCAGUACUCAAGCCGCCCUGUCGACCAACUCAGACUCAAUCCCCAACGCGCAGUGGUCAUUUGGGUGGACUGGCCCUUUCACUGGAUCUAAAGCUUUUAUGUCAUUGAAGAUCUGGUCCUCCAUCAAACGCCAUGGAAAGAACAGCAUGGGCUGGAUGAUUGAUGAGAGACUAGAACUCACCAGCGCGAUCCAGUUGGAGGUUGAACACCGACCAAACCUCAUACUUUCGGGCGGAACCGAUAUCAACUCCUACAUGUUUAUUUACGUCCCCGCGAGUGUGCAGCAAUACUGUCUUGAGCACAGCAUUCGUCUCUCAGACGCAGACUUGGAGAAAGUCAACCAGCUAAAUCUCCACAUCCAAAAUAUCAUCCAUCGAGAACGUGUCUACUACAUCCAUGGGCUCCCUCUUGGAAAUUGCCCGCAUGGUCAUUUCAUAGAGCCUGGCAAGAAGGCCUUUGUCCUGCGUACCCUAAAUGGGAACCUCUAG